AUGGUCACUGGGCUUCUGGAUCUCCUGUCUCAUUGGCAGGCAUGCGGGGGCCCGGGCCCUGGGCCGGCCUGUGCCCCUGUGCCCUGCGCCGCGCCCCCGUGCCCCGGGACUCUGCCCGCUGCCGGGUGGGCUCUGGGCGUCUCCGGCAACACCACCUCCAGCCUGCUCCGAGCAGUCGCAGCCAUGGAGCGGCAUCGGCAGCUGCUGCAGCGCAUCCGGGCCACGGCCAGCUCCGCCGGAGUCCAGGCCCGGGAGAUGUGGCGCCGUGCCCGGGGUGCCUGGGCUGCGGCCUCCCUGGCCCUCCUGCAAGCAACUGCGCGUGCGGCCCAGCGCUUCCUCCUGGGUGCGUGUCCACCGGCCUCUUCCAGUGAGGGCGGGGCAUCAGGGCACUGUGACAUUUGUCCAGGAGGAGGACUACCCAGGAGGGCAGAGGCUGACGGGUCGGGUCGGGUGGAGCAGGGGUGGAGGGGGGAGGGGGAGAGGGCAGGGGGGAAGACAGAAUUCCUGCAAAGGUCACUGCCUGUUGUAAGCCUCCAGCACACUCUGCAGUCAUGCCAGAGGCAGAGUCGCCCCCAGGGAGGCGCAGCGGGCAUCGCCCUCUUGCUGGCUCAGGUCCAGAGGGCCCUCCCCGCCCCGGGCUCUGGAGGCCAGGGGCUGCUCAAGGCUGACUGUGUCCUGCACCGGGCACAGCAGAGCAGGGCAGGGACAGCCCGGGCCCAGGGCCGAGCGCUGCACGCUCAGGGGGUGCUGGCGGAGGCGAGAGCUCAGACCUGGGCUGCAGAGCAAGGGCUGCAGGUGGCCAGACAGACGCUUGGAGGCCUGGAGGCCAGUGCACAGGAGGUGGCAGGGCGCCUGGCCCAGGUGACACUGGCAGCGGAUGUGAGCCUGGACCUGGGGCUUCCGUCCAGUGCAGCUGUGGCUCUCAGGACCCAGGUGGCCCUGUGCCAGCGGCAGGCCCAGGAGGCAGAAGAGCAGGCAGCACGUGCCCUGGGCUUGGCGGGGGGCCUGGGCAAGGUGAGAUGGGGGCAGUGGACAUUGGGGUGCCAAGGACCCCCGGCACAGUGUGAAGUGGGGUUUGGGCUGGGACUGGGCUGCGCUGGGCUGAGGUAAGGUCUCUGCUUUACAACUCCC